CAAUACUGAAAAUUUAUAGUUUAUGUCACGUAGGGUGCGUUCGCUUUGUGUACACUUUUUCGCUUAUAGCGUUAACGCUUACAUACAGCAUUUUCGUUCGUUCGUCUUAUGGCUCUCUGAACGCACCCCAAAGAGAGAAAGAUAUUAAACAAAUAUUGAUUAUUUCAUUGUUGUGUUUAGUGCUGAAAUACGAUAAUUGUAUCAGACAACAGGCUAUGGCAGAGCAGAAAUGCACGAUAACUUACAUGCCGCAUCAUGUGCAGCAAAAACUGUGUAAAACCCGACCACCUUACAGGCAAGGGAAAAGAUUGACAUCUGUCAAGGUUUACACAAUUAAUGACGAAUCACAGCAUUUGCUAAUAUGUGGAGUGCCAAAUAUCAAGCUAGGUGAAGAAGUAAAAAAGCUUACUUGUCCUUAUGGAGAUAUAAAAGCAAUACAGUUGGUGACUGAGUAUCCAUCGGAAGAGUUUACUGAAACAUAUCAUAUACAUUAUGCACGUAUCCAGAGCGCAAGAAUAGCAAAACGAUUCAUCGACAAUAAAAAUUUCUUCGGGGGUCUUCUGCAUGUUUUUUAUGUCCCUGAAUUAGAAACUUUAUCUGAAACAAAGGCGAAACUUACCCAACGUCGUAAAGAUGUGGCCACACGGAUAAAACGAAAUCAAACAGAUUUGACAAAUCCGGAAGUUGAUAAGUUCGUCCCGAGAGACCAGUAUCAUAGAAAAAAAAGGACACCAGCUUUACCACUUACUGAAGAACGAGUCAAACACUGUUAUCCUGGAGAAACAAUUUCCUCUAUCUGUGAUGGAAUACCUCAGGAUAUAGAUCCACGAUCUGUAUCUGAGCCCAGUUUGCCAGUAAACUGGAACAGCAGCUGUAGUAACAACACUGUAUCUGAAUGGGAGUCAUUAUCAGCACCGUAUCAACCGACUGAAGCAGUAAUACAAGCAGGAAGUUCUCGGUCGAGCGAAAAUCUGAGAUCGAACGUGCGCAAGAGAAAUUAUAAAGGACAACUUGUUAAUGAUGACAUGAAAGUUAAGAUCAGCUGGCCACGGAUUAUAGACACUAGGAAUAUAGCGAGAUUAAAUUCCACUGAAAAAACUAAUGUAUUUUGUAAUGUAAAGAAGGUAAACAGUGGAAUUACUGUUAAAUUAUUGGAGAGAUCUAACAAUGACAAGAAGAAGAUAGUCAUAAAAAAUCCAAAUGUAACACAUUUGAUACAACCUAGCGAAGAUCUUCGACAUUCUAUUCAAAUGGCAAAAUCGCAUAUUCGCACAGCGAUGCAGAAAAUAUUUAAAUAAACAUUGAAUGUCUGACAAAAUUCAACAUUAGAUGUUCAGGAUUAUUUGUGUAUAUUGGUCCGAAUUUUUUAUUUUAUAUUUAAUAAAUAUAUUAGAAAUAUA